AUGAGCGAAAUACAGCGUUUCCCGGCAAUGGUAGACGCAAACCCAGUGCAUCCCAACGCUAAAACCACGACGCAAAUCAACAAUGGAACCACCACCACGAAAAGCAACAUCUCGUCGCCCGUGUGUCGCAACUGUAAGACGCAAACCACCCCGCUUUGGCGGCGGGACGAAACGGGCCAGGUUCUUUGCAACGCCUGCGGCUUGUUUUUAAAAUUGCACGGGCGUCCGCGGCCCAUCAGCUUGAAAACAGACACCAUCAAGCUGAGAAACCGUAUCAAGCAGCCCAACUUUGCCAAGCUGGGCCCAAACACACCCGAGCUCAAGCUGAAGGACGCAAAGCUGGGGAAAAGGCUGCCAAAGUCUGCCAAGAAGAAAAGUGCGCCUUCGCCGCCUCCGGAGAUGCACACACAUCUGCCUCUAGCGACACACACACGGGCGCCCUUCCCACAGGGUUUUGCGCCGCUGGGCCAUGUGGCUGGCUUGCCCCAUCAGGUGCAGCUGCUCCACUACCCGCUGUCCACGCCGACGCAGUUUGCGCCCGGAUUACAGCGCAUCACCUCUCCACUCUUGCUUCUGACCACAGCGCUGGUGCUGAAUGCUCGCGCUACACUGUCGCUUGCGCUGCCCAAGGGCUUGUCUGCUGUCCAGGCGGCUGGAGCGUUGGAGAACAUGCUGAACGAGUUGGGCCCCUCGGCCACAUUCAAAAGUGGAGUGUCACUCAAUGGCGGCCUGCUCAUGGGCGGCAUGAAGAGAUCUGCUACCCCUGUUCUUUCAACACCUUCCACUGCGUUGGCUGGGCCCAAGUUGCCUGCUUUAAGCACUGAAGAACGCAACAAUGUCAUUGCAUCGCCAUCGUUUGGACCGCAGUUCCACCUUGACCAUUCCACGAAAAGCGAGCCUCUGGACCAACCACGUCCUGCGUUGCCGCCACUUCAGCAUGUCCAGCCGGCGCAGGCACAGUUGCCGCGGUUCCAAAGCAACUUUGGAUCUGUGACCGGCUCUGGUUCCCUGACACCAGUGGCUCCCAUUUCGGCGCCUGUCGCAGCACCUAUAGCGUCUCUCACGGGCGGAAAUGAGCAACGGAGCUCUAGCGGAGCAUCUGCGAAUGGCACAGGAAGUGCCACUAGCAACAACAAUACCGGAAAUAAUGAAGCAAACUCCCAACACGGAAACUCGGGUCCAGCAAACUCCGGUCCUGUGAAGUCUAGUCCUGGCAACUCUGCCUCUGGAAAUUCGGGUCCUUCAAGUGGACCAGGAAGAGAUCCCAGCGGUUCUGAUAAUGCCAGAGCUAGUAACAACGGUAAUAACAACGGCAACAACAACGGCAAUAACAACAACGGCAAUAACGGCAACGGUGAAAGUGCCUAUGAGAUCAAUUUAUUGAAAACUCGCAUCUCCGAGUUGGAGUUGGUCAAUGACUUGUAUAGGACGCGAAUUAUGGAGUUGGAAGCGAUGGAGCAAGCAGCUCGUUUGCGUGAGGGUUCUAUGCGCAAACGCUUGGACGAGAUCCUCAAUUUGCAAGGACAAGACUCAGUAUUGCAGAGGGCUUUGCAUGAGCCACUGAAACGGCCUAAGUUGGGUUAA